AUGGAUACAACCUACCAAGAAAAUCACAACGGCUGGGCCGAAAUGGAAUCUGCUCAAAUUACACAACAAUCGGGAGGACUUCGUUUACCGACCCAGAACAUGGAUCCGCCAGCUGAGCAAAAGGAUGAGUCACAGAUUAGUGAAUUACAUAGAAUGAAACUCGAAAACGAGUAUGUGCCUCCGAUUGAGAGGCAAAGCGUGAUUACUAAUAACACAAUGGUUUAUGAUGGCAAAAUUGAACCUGUUGCGCCUCAAACCAUGUUCUACACUGGAUUCGAUUAUCCCACAACCUUCGGCAUGCUGGAUCCAAAUGGCGCAAUUCAAAAUUCUUAUUACAAUAUCUACAGUAUCCCAGUCAACAAUUUGAAUCAGCCAUUAAUUAAUAAUUUUGCGAAUCCUAUCUACGAAACCAGCGUUCCUACCAUCAACAUCCCAACUGCCUACCCCGCACCAACGCCAGUUUACGAAUGCGUCAAGUGUUCCCAAAAUUGUGGAGAUGGCGCAAAGGCUGUAAAUGGUGGCAUGAUGUGUUCCAACUGUGCAAAAGUCUCGGAGUACCCUUCACCAAUUGUGUAUCCACCAUCUAUUGGAAUUCCACCAGUGAUCGAAAUACCUUCCGAUCAACCACCCAUGAAAAUACCAAAGGCUUCCAAGAAGUCUAGUAAUGCUAAUAGGGGAAGCAAUGGUUCUGCGUCCCGACGACAAGGGUUAGUAUGUUCCAAUUGCAACGGAACGAAUACGACACUCUGGAGAAGAAAUGCAGAAGGCGAUCCGGUUUGCAAUGCCUGUGGACUUUAUUUCAAGCUCCACCACAUUGCGCGUCCAACAUCUAUGAAAAAGGAAGGAGCUCUUCAAACUAGAAAAAGGAAAUCUAAGACUGGAGAAGCAGUCUCGCCACCUGUCUCCAGAGCUCGUGAGAGAAAAUACGAGCGAUCUGAGAAGAUCUCGAGAGCAGCAACCCGCCGUGCUGGAAGUGCCAAAGCUGAGCGAGAGUUAACAACUGCAGCAGUUGCAGCUGCUACCAACCCAUAUGCUCAGGCAGAUUUGUAUGCGAUCCCUUCGUCUACAGUGGGUCUUCAGCAUCAGCAAGAUCAGACCUAUAGCUAUUAUCCAUGGAAUCCAGCGACGACUGGUAUUAUGAUGGUGCCAAGUGACCAGAACAUCUACGCCACCACCUACAAUACCGGAUUCGUCCGUCCGGCUGAUGUGAGUGCAAAGCUGAUUGCCAGUACUUCCUAUGUCACUGCUCCGAACAUCCAAGUUCACGUUAUGCCAGUCCAGGAUGAUGAGACCAAGGCGGCCGCCAGAGACUUGGAAGCCGUCGACAAUGAGCAAUAA